UGCUCCAAGGUUCUAAAGCGGGAAUGUGCGCGACUCGAGGGACACAGAGGCCGCCUGGAAUUUAGACGUGGACAUAGAGGGAAUCUGGAACGUGAGCCUCCGGAUUUCAGAAAAUUGGCCUAAGGUUGAGAAUCUCGAUAUCCGAAACUCCGCGAAGCAUUUACGCCAAAAACAAACAUGCUGCCGUUUAUGCAGAUUGGUGCACAUCCGGCAGGUUCGAAUUGCUCGUCGAGCUGCAUAAGACAAAUUCUCGCUCUCAUGGCAUCGAGGAAACUCGCUGCUGUUCUUGGAGCGAUUCUGCAUCUUUCCCUGUGCCAAAAUUCGCCGGAAGUGAAUCCAGAGUUUUUGGCCCCGUUGGAGAACCACACGGUAACACAGGGCCGGGACGUAUCGUUCACCUGCGUCGUGAAUCACCUUCAAUCUUACAAGGUCGCCUGGAUCAAGUCAGACUCGAGAGCCAUUUUGGCGAUCCACACGCAUAUGGUCGCCCAUAAUCCACGACUAUCUGUUACGCACAAUGGCCAUAACACUUGGAAGCUCCAUGUAGCGAAUGUUCAGAAAAACGACUCGGGGACGUACAUGUGUCAAGUGAACACGGACCCGAUGCGAAGUCAGAACGGUUACAUGGAGGUAGUAAUCCCGCCGGACAUUAAGGACGACGCCUCUGCCGACGGCCUCGUCGCCAAGGAAGGUGGGAAUAUUAGACUGCGAUGUCAGGCAACCGGAACUCCGAUGCCCAACGUAACGUGGCGCCGAGAGGAUGGCCGGAACAUAAUCCUGCGGCACGACAAUCAGAAGGAAGCACUCAAGUACCACGACGGCGAAAUACUCGAGCUAACCGGCGUUCUCCGACAAGAAAUGGGAUCCUACCUCUGCAUUGCCAGCAACGGCAUUCCUCCGAGUGUCAGUAAGAGAUACUCCAUCGAUGUGCAUUUCCAGCCGCUAAUCAAGGUCCACACUCAGCUCGUGGCUGCGCCUCUUCACAGCGACGUGUUGCUUCAAUGUUCCGUCGAAGCCUCACCCCGAGCCAUGAACACGUGGUACAAAGACACAGGUGAGAAAUUGCUACCGAACGAGAAAUACAAGAUGGAGGAAGCGCCGGUGAACGACUACUCGUGGCAGAUGAAUCUGACGAUUCGUUCUCUGGAACAAAGGGACCUUGGUAGCUAUGUUUGUUCGGCGGAGAACGCGCUUGGAAAAGCCGAGGGGGUGGUCCGGCUGCAGGAGUUAAAUCUGCCGAAAACGACGCCGGUGAGUUUGACGAGAAACACGGAUCCUCGGCCGCGGAAAAAACCACCAAGGACUAAGAAAAAGAACGGAAAAAUUUACGGCGGCCGAGCCGAAGGCGAUGAUGGAUUUGUGGGCAACGACGAGGACCUUGCGACCACCCAGAGGAUGGGCGGAAGCGGAAGCACGCAGGACGGACAUCGCACCGAGGAACCUCUGACGGUGCCUUCCCUCUCUCCCCCCUGGGUGAUCCUGAACACGGCGAGCAGGAAGCGGUUCUUCGGCCUGAAGAAGGCGACGCUGCUGCUGUUCCUGCUCUUCGUUACAGCGGUGUAUAAGUGAAGGAUUAUAUUCC